AUGGAAUUAGACACAGACGUGCCUAUGGAGGAUGUCGAAGACUUGAAACAAGCCGAAACCGGCUCUGGCCCGGACGCUUCCCCCCACAACAACACCAAGAAGUCUGACUUGAAUCCGUCCACUGUGGGCCAGUUGGACGAGUGGAUCGACAAGUUGUCUAAAUGCGAGCCUUUGUCGGAAACAGAUGUCAAGAAGUUGUGCGAUAUGGCCAUUGACGUUUUGCAAUUUGAAGAAAACGUCCAGCCUGUGCAAGUGCCUGUGACCAUCUGUGGUGAUGUCCAUGGCCAGUUCCACGACUUGAUCGAAUUGUUCAAGAUUGGAGGACCCUGUCCCGACACGAACUACUUGUUUAUGGGUGAUUAUGUAGACAGAGGCUACUACUCGGUGGAAACUGUGUCGUAUUUGGUUUGUAUGAAGGUCAGAUACCCCAACAGAAUCACCAUCUUGAGAGGAAACCACGAGCUGAGACAAAUUACACAAGUGUAUGGUUUCUACGAUGAAUGUUUGAGAAAAUAUGGCUCGGCUACAGUGUGGAAGUUAUUCACCGACUUGUUCGACUACUUCCCCAUCACCGCCUUGGUAGACAACAAGGUGUUCUGUUUGCACGGAGGUUUGUCGCCGAUGAUCGAAACGAUUGACCAGGUCAGAGAGUUGAACCGUAUCCAGGAAGUGCCACACGAAGGACCUAUGUGUGACUUGUUAUGGUCAGACCCCGACGACCGUGGUGGAUGGGGGAUUUCUCCCAGAGGUGCCGGUUUCACGUUUGGACAAGAUAUCUCCGAGCAGUUCAACCACACCAACGACUUGAGUCUCAUUGCGAGAGCGCACCAGUUGGUGAUGGAAGGCUUCAGCUGGUCGCAUCAGGAGUCGGUGGUGACCAUCUUCUCAGCACCAAACUACUGCUAUAGAUGUGGGAACCAAGCAGCCAUCAUGGAGGUGGACGAACAACAUAAUAGACAAUUCCUACAAUACGAUCCUUCUGUUAGACCUGGCGAGCCAACUGUGACCAGAAAGACGCCCGACUACUUUUUAUGAGCCUAAUGUUGUUUACUGUUUUGUUUUGUUAUAGUAGUGAUUUUGUAAUCUACUAUGAAUGUUCUAAUAUAUAAAG